AUGGACAACUUUUUUAUUAUCUGGCUACUCGCCACAUCAGUGGCCCAUGUGACAUCGCGCCAUACACAGGAGCAACAUCUGGUGGCGCUGCCGCCACCGAUCACGCAGAAGAAGGAGACGUUGAUGCAGCUGUCACCACCAACGAUACAGCAGAACGAACCACCCACCCACCACCUGCAGCAGAUAGCGCCACCGCCAUUACCACCGCAGCAAAAGCCGCCACUACAGCAGCAACAGCAGCUAGUGGUUCCGCCACCACUGCUGGUACAGCAGCAGCCAUCGGAACUACACAAGCCACCGAAACAGAAGGAGCAGCUAGUGCUACUGCCGACGACUCAGCAGCAACAACCGCAGCAGCAACAGCCACCGAUCCAGGAGCAACAAAAGGUGGUGUUGCCGCCACCGAUCACGCAGCAGCAACAGCAGUUGAUGAGACCGUCACCACCACUGGUGCAGCAGCACGAACCACUGGCGCACCGCCAGCAGCAGAUAGUGCCACCGUCAAUGCCACGGCAUCAUGAAAAGCCGCCCAAGCAAAAGCGGCCACUACACCAGCAACAGCAAGGGGUGGUUCCACCGCCGCUGCUGAUGCAGCAGCAACCACCGGACCUACACAAGCUAACCACACAACAGCAACAGCCACUGUUACGACCGACAACGCAGCAGAAACAUAUGCAGCCCCACAAGCUAAUGACAAAGCAAGUCCUACCGUUGCAUCAGCACCUAGUGGUGCCACGGCCGCCGACGUCGGAGCAGCAACAGAAGUCAGUACUGGCACAAUUGCCGGACAUGCGGCAGCGACAGCCUCUGCCCCACAAGCCACUGACACAGCAGGUCCGAUCUCCAACGAUGACGCAGCAGCAACAGCUGUCGGUGCUGCCACAACAGCCAUCGACGCAGCAGCAACAAGCGCGGCACCACCAGCAACGGCACCUGGUGGUGGUGCUGCUGCAACCACCGGCGGCAAAGCAACGACAGCCGCCAAACGACAAGGCUGUUGUUGUCAUGGCGGUGCGACCUACAAAGCAGGUCUCAGCGCCACGACCACAACACCGACUGGUGGUGCCACUGCCGCCUGUGAAGCAGCAUCGACAGCCGCUGAAACAGCGACAGCAGCUGGCGGUGCAACUGCCGCCGACGUCGCAGCAGCAGCAGUUACCGAACCGCACGCCAGCGACACGAGAAGACUUUACGCUACCGCAGCAACAGCGUCUAGUGGUGUCUCUGCUUUCACCGAUGCAGCAGCAACAGAAGUUGGUACUGCCUCGAGUGCCGGUGACGCAGCAUCGACAACAGGCACACCGCGAGCCACUAUCCCAGCAUGUUACAAGGACACAGCAGCACCAGCGGCUAACGGUGUCCCUGCUUUCGACGACGCAGCAGCAAAAGAAGUUGGUACUGCAUCGGCCACCGGUGAUGCAGCCGCAACAUCUGCCUCACAAUAAGCCACCGACACAGCAAGUGCUUACGACACAGCAGCAGCGGCGGCUAGUGGUGCCCAUGCUUUCGACGAGGCAGCAGCUACAGAAGUUGGCGUUGCCUCGCCCGCCGGUGAUGCAGCAACAACAUCCGCCACACGAUAAGCUACCGACACAGCAACAACAGCGGCUGGUAGUGCCACUGCUACCAGCGAAGCAGGAGCCCACACAGCUAGUGAUGCGACCGCCGCCCACACAGCAGCAACAGGAGGAGCGACAACCUCAGCACCAAAAGCCAUCGACACAGCAGGUCUCAACAACACAGCAGCAGCAGGCGUUGCCGCUGCCACCGACGACGCAGCAGCGACAAGCAUUAGAGCAUAAUCUACCUAGGCAGCAGGCAACGCUACCACUGAUGCAACGCCAGCAGCUGGUGGUACCAGCACUAGCGCCAACACCGGCGUUGCCGGCACUGACGCAGGACCAGCAAGACCAGCUGGUUCUGCCACCACGAGCGCCGAUGCAGCACGAACAGGAACCGAAACUGCCACCAGCACCCACAACCCAGCAACAGAGGCAGCAGCAGCACCUGAGUCAGCUACAGAGCCAGCAGCAAGAACAGCAGACGCAACAGCAUUCAGCCUCGCUGACACUGUUUCGCGGGAUCGCCACCGGUGGCCUUGGAAGUAGUCUUACAGGUGCGAGCUCCCAAAGCGCUGGUGGUAGGUCCCCGGACGGAAUGUACAGUGGUCAUGAAGGUGGUCUUGGACACGGCUUUGGAGGCAGCCAGAAUGGUGACAACUCCGCAGGCGUUAAAGGUGGUGUCGGAGGGCCGUCACUUCAGCAACAGCAAGAACUAUUUCUGCCGAUGCGUCCACGCACGUGGCGGCUGGUGCGAUAAACAGCGUGUUGACCGAAUAAAAAGAAAACAU